AGGAGAGCAUGCGCGGCUCCGCUCUGAGUGCCGGCCCUGCUCGCUCGCACCUUCUCCUCCCCUGGUGGACGGCUCUGAGUGAUGGCCGCUAUCGUGGUGGCGCUGACGCAGCCCCUUCGCCUCUGUCCCGCCCGCCUGGGGCCGCUCCUUGGGCCGCUCCUGAGGGAGGCGGCGCGGGGCUGGCGGGGGCUCGGCGGGAGCGAGGUACCGGGCGGCGGCGGCGGUGCUGCGGGCCCGCUGUGCUGGGCUGUCCGCAGCGCUGUCCGCAGCCGGCGGGGGAGCGGCGGGAGGAGGUGCUUAGAAAAAGCCUUAGGAGGGGGGUUGCGCUUUCCACGGGGUCCUUCGUGCUGUGUGAGGCUCUCAGGCUGAUCUCUGGCUCCGCUGAGGUUCAUGCCAGCUUCAAAGUGGCAGAAGUUAUAGAGCAAGCAGACUACCUGUAUGGGAGUGGAGAAACUGAAAAGCUCUAUCAGUUGCUGGUUCAGCAUAAAAAUAGUGAGGAUGCAGAGUUGUUGUGGCGGCUGGCACGAGCAUCACGAGAUUUAGCUCAGCUUAGCAUUACUUCUGCAGAAGAGAAAAGACAACUGGCAUAUGAUUCCCUUGAGUAUGCAAAAAGGGCACUAGAAAAAAACGAAGCAAAUUCUGCAGCACACAAGUGGUAUGCAAUUUGUCUCAGUGAUGUCGGAGAUUAUGAAGGAAUCAAGGUUAAAAUUGGAAAUGCCUUUGUUAUCAAAGAGCACUUUGAGAGAGCCAUUGAACUGAAUCCGAAAGAUGCAACAUCAGUUCAUCUUAUGGGCGUUUGGUGUUACUCCUUUGCUGAAUUGCCGUGGUACCAACGAAAGAUAGCUGCAAUGCUAUUUGCAACACCUCCGACUUCCACAUAUGAAGAGGCUCUUCGUUACUUCCACAUGGCGGAGGAAGCUGACCCAAAUUUCUACAGCAAAAAUUUGCUCUUUCUGGGGAAGACAUACCUGAAGUUAAACAACAAAAAGAUGGCUCUUCUGUGGUUAAGCAAAGCGAAGGAGUAUCCUGCACAUACAGAAGAGGACAAACAGGUACAGAAAGAAGCUUUGGAAUUGCUUAAUUCUAUAUAACAAGAAACAAGAUACUGGAAAUUCAGUAUUGCAGAUGUAAGCAGCAUAGGAAAAUGAACCUAAAAGCCACUUUUUUUUUUCUCUUGAAACUGUUAAUAAAAUUAUAGCCUGAACUUGCUAAUUCUAUUUCUUGUUUCAAUUAAAGUAUCUACUGAAA